UCGAACACAUCCUCGAUGGCACUGCAGACGCGCGCUUCAAUAUGGCUGACAGUAAAGGCACAGUAAACAUAAUAUACAUAAACUUGGAAUUAUAGAAUUUUUGGCAAGCGUGUACGUUGAAGACAAAUAUUCACGAUGAAUAUGUCCGUGGAGAAGAAGAAAUACCCUUCGGCGUUGCCAAUUAAUUGGCACACACGAGAAGAACCGUCGAGGAAGAGCCAGAAUCAGUUGACAUCCACGGGGAAGGAUUAUUAUUACGGCCGGGCUAGAAAUGACUCUUCAUUGGUACCACCGAUUAGACAAACGGCGUCGAUUUUUAAGCAACCGGUGACUAUUUAUAAGACACAGGAAGGAAAAGUGAAAGAUAUUAAACAUGGCAUUCAAGAGAAACCAAAACAGGAAGGAGCCGAUAAAACUGACGGCAAAUAUGGCUCCCAAGAUAAGCCUAAGCAGCUUUUCUGGGAAAAACGUUUAGAAGGUUUGCGAGCCUGUGAUUCUGAUGGUUAUGAAUUUGAUGGGAUGGACCUGCCAAAGAACUUAAAACCAGUGGGACCAUAUAUCACGGAAGAAACUUUGCUUCAAAGUGUGGCCACUGCCUUACAUGUAUCUACUCAACCAGUUACGGGACAAACGGGAUCGAAAAUGGCUUUGGAGAAGAAUCCUGGAGUGUUUCUCAAUCCUGAUCAACCACUUGUACAGGCGGUCUCGAUAGCGGAUGAGGACAUAAAAAGGCAAGAAGAUCGAGUGGCUGUUGCGAGAAAAAAGUUACAAGACGCUUUACGUGCUGUUCAAACUUAAAUUAUAGAAACUUUAUGUGUAUCAUUUGCUCAUCUCUUAAUUUUAAGUUCGUUAUAAAUUAUAUCAUUGCCAUUUUUUGUAAUAAAUGUUUUUGUAAAAAAAGAGAACGGGAAAGAGAGACAAAAGGUCGAUAAAUUCGAUGAAUGUUUAAAGCACGAAAUUGACUGAUUUUCUCAACAUAUAUUUUAACAAAACUUUUCUAGAUAAAAUAAAGCCAACAAUAUGAGAGAAUCAGUUAUGCAGCUAAUCUAAAAUCUCUUGUACAGGUCAAUUUGGCGAGUCGAUUUUCCAUUAUAACUCGAGAAUAAUUUGUUUUUGUUUGGCGCUCCAAAUGGCUUGGAUUGUGCCAUCUGCCUAAUAUUUCCUGUGACAUGCAGGAAAACAUCAAAUUAGUAAUGGUCACGAAAAUAACAAAUUUCUCGUAUUUCGACAGAUGGCAAAAGUGCCCUAUUUGAUAUUCAAUGUCAAACGGAAAUGAAUCAGUAUUAAGGUAACACACUAUGUAAAAUUCAAGCAAAUUACAUUUUAAACACA